AUGGAGAAAGAACAAGAGCUUAUGCUCAAACAAGCUCUUAUUGAGCAAGAACUGGAAUUCGUCAGAAACCAAUUAAAAAUUGUAAGACUAUUUAUGUAUGAACAUCAAAAGGAACUUUAUUCUCCUUCCUCUCCUAUUAGUCAAGAAGAAAAUGUAAGUGUUCAAAAGAACACCGAACAACAAGAGGUCAAUGUUUCACCUCCUUUAAAAAGAAAAGAAAUGUCUAGUCCUAAGCAAACGGAUCCGGACUUUAAUCUAAGACCCAACGGGGGAAUUCAAAUCCCAAAAACUGAAGGUUCAUCUUCAGGAUCAGGAUCACCUGAUAAGGGAAUUCAAAUCCCAAAGGAAUUGUUACAAAUUCCUAAUAAAAAUUCAAAACCAUACCACGUUGUAUUCAAUGGACCCAACGCUGGUAUAUUUGAAGACUGGAAUAUCACCAAAAAGGCAACUGAAGGAAUUAAAAAUAUUAAAGGCAAAAAGUUUAAUAACUUUCUUGAAGCCAAGAUAACUGCAGAUCAAUACACAAGAUCUGAAAGGUGUUCAGAACUACAACUUAUCACUGAAGCAGAAACCUUAAGGCCUAACACAUUCAAGUUAGCCUUAAAUUCUACCAAAAGUUCUAAAACCAUUCUUGGAAGCCUUCCAAGAAGAACUCCCAAGAUUAAUGAAGAAGGCACACCUGACCUCCGAAUAGAAAUUAAGAUAAAGGACUUCAAGUAUUGUUACAGGUAUGCUCGAAGUGCAACAGAAGAAAAUUUUGUAGAAGAAAAAUUCUCCACCAUUGACGGGAAAAAUUUAAGCGACUACACUAUCUACAAAAAUGCCAACUAUUUACAAGUGUAUGAAGCAUUUCAACUAGGAUUGGUAAAAACAAUCUAUCCUAGUCAAAAUCUGCAGGAAAUAAAGAUUUUCUCUAAAAGCUUUACAAAAGCAAUAAAAACUUUCAGAACAAGAUGCUACAUAAAUGAUCGAUAUAUUUUUCUAAAAUUUAACAGUAGCACUCCAUACUGGAAUGACAAUGAUGAAAUAAAAUACCAUCCUCAUCAUUUAGUACAGAUAAGCAUUUGCAAGCAAGAAACCUAUCUGGCCAGCAAAGCCAUGGAAGAAAAGCUUGAAAGAACUUAUAUUCUCCAGCUAGCAAAAUCUAGAAUUGAAAUCUUUAUCAACAAGGUUUUCAGUUUUUCAGCAGAUGACAAGAUCUUCAUCAAUGGAUAUGAUGCCAAUGAGAAGACCUUAAUCUACCGCAAAUACAACAAAGAGAUUUCUCCGGCCGAUGAACAAUUGUUCUUAGCCUUCCAAAACUCCCUGCUAAAGUCAGACUUAAUCGGCGAACACGUGGCAGACAUCUGUAAGACGCUCCACAAAAUCACUAAUAGAUACAACUGUCAAAGAUGCUCAACCAUCAAGGUGGCCUCCACUACUGAAAAUAAUAAUCGCAAUGCUAUUAUUAAAGAAGAUUCCUCGACAACUACCAAAUAA